AUGAAGGCCAAUAACAAAGUGAGACUUUGCGGUGAUUUCAAGGUUACGGUAAAUCCAAGUUUGGAGGUCGACGAUCAUCCGUUGCCUACUAUUGAAGAUCUCUUCGCUACGGUUGCUGGAGGAGAGAAAUUUACGAAAAUUGAUUUGACUCAAGCAUACUUGCAAUUAGAGGUUGAGGAAUGCGAUCACGAGAUACUGACUCUAAGUACACAUAAGGGUUUGUAUCGACCUACACGAUUAAUGUACGGUAUUGCUUCUGCGCCUGCCAUUUGGCAGAGGUUAAUGGAACAAGUGCUGAACGGUAUUCCUAGUGUGACCGUUUUCUUGGAUGAUAUCCGGUUUACGGGUCCGAACAAUUUCGUCCAUCUACAGAGACUAGAAGAGGUAUUGAAACGUCUAAGCUCAUACAAUAUGCUGAUUAAUAUUGAAAAAUGCCGGUUCUUUGCGAAUGAAAUCGAGUAUUGUGGAUAUCUGAUUGACAAAAAUGGUAUUCACAAAGUACGCAAAAAGAUUGAUGCUGUGCAAAACAUGCCAGUGCCAGAAAACAAGGAACAAGUACGCUCUUUUGUGGGAUUGGUGAAUUAUUACGGUAGGUUCUUCCCGAACCUAAGUACGACGCUGUAUCCCCUCAAUAACCUUCUGAAAAAUACGGUUCUCUUCAUCUGGUCGAAAGACUGUGCUGAUGCGUUCAAUAAGGUGAAGUGUGAGAUGCAAUCCGAAAAGAUUUUGGCACAUUACGAUACUACUCUGCCGUUAUUACUUGCUACUGAUGCGUCACCGUAUGGAGUGGGCGCAGUGCUAAGCCACGUAUUUCCGGAUGGUUCAGAGAGGCCAGUCCAAUACGCAUCUCAGACACUUAACUCUACACAACAAGCAUACAAACAAGUUGAUCGAGAAGCUUACGCGAUCAUCUUUGGAGUACGUAAAUUCUAUCAGUACCUUUAUGGUAGGAAGUUUACGUUGAUUACAGACAAUGAACCGCUGAAACAAAUAUUCUCUGAUACGAAGGGAUUAUCGAAAAUGUCAGCGUUAAGAAUGCAACAUUAUGCAACUUUCCUACAGUCAUUUAACUAUAAUAUCCAGUUCCGCCCUACGAACCAACAUGCUAAUGCGGAUGCUUUUUCGAGAUUGCCAUUGAAGGAGAGUACGCUUGAUACAGUGAUCGAAGAAACUGAUUAUCUGGAGGUGAACAUUAUCGAAACUUUACCAUUAACUGUUGAAGAACUUGCGAAAGCUACUGUUACAGAUCCUGACGUUAAAGUGUUAAUGCAAGGGCUAAGAAAUGGCAAGUCCGUUGGGCCUAAAGAUCGUUUUGGAAUCGAUCAAGCUGAGUUUACAAUCCAAAAAGGUUGUAUUAUGCGAGGAAUAAGAGUCUACAUUCCUCCAAGUUUGCGGAAUAAGGUGUUAAUCGAAUUACAUUCUACUCAUUUUGGUAUAACCAGAUUGAAGAGCCUAGCCCGAGGAUACGUGUGGUGGGAAGGCAUCGAUAGAAAUAUUGAGGAUCUAGUGCGUAACUGCAGUUUAUGUCAGACCACCCGAGCUGAACCAGCUAAAUUUCCAACACAUUGCUGGGAUGUACCAACGAAGCCGUUUGAGCGAAUACAUGUAGAUUUAGCUGGUCCGUUCAAGAAUGUUUAUUUCAUCGUUUUGAUAGAUGCAUAUACCAAGUGGCCUGAAGUUCGAAUCCUGAACAACAUAACAACAGCUGCAACGAUUCAGGUUUGCCGUGAAUAUUUUUCUACCUAUGGAAUACCGUCGGUAUUUGUGACCGACCACGGUGUUCAGUUUACAUCUGAAGAAUUCCACAAAUUUUUGAAAAGGAAUGGAGUCUACCAUAAGAUGGGCGCACCAUACCACCCUGCGACAAACGGACAGGCUGAAAGAUUUGUCCAGACCCUGAAAGCAAAAUUGAAGAGCCUGCAGUGUGACAAAGCCACGAUGCAUGCUGAACUCUGCAACAUCCUGCUAGCUUAUAGAAAAACAAUUCACCCUGCUACCGGAAAAUCGCCAUCCAUGAUGCUGUUCAACCGCCAAAUUCGGUCACGGUUGGAUCUAAUGAUUCCUGAUUACGAUAUUAUGAAGAAACCUGUGGAUGGAAAAGUACGUGAUCUUCAAGAGGGGGUGAGAGUUGCUGCGAGAGAUUACUUCGAUAAGACGAAAUGGAAGUAUGGCGUGAUUUCGGAAAAGUUGGGUAAACUCCACUACUACGUAAAGCUGGAUGAUGGAAGGACUUGGAAGCGCCACAUAGACCAACUACGAGAAGUCGGUUCGAAUCUACCGAGUGAACCAUUUAUACCUGCUACCCCUAUGCAAGAGGAACCAGAAGAGCCGGUACAGCCAGUUAUUCCUGAACAAUUUUCAGUCGUCUCUGGUUCUCCUUCGAAUGAAUCAUUUCCACUACAAUCUCAACAUACGCCAAUGUCUCAUGUGUUGGUUAGGCCGGAGUAUUCUCAACACUCUGUUCCUGUUCCUAGUUUCCAGUCCGGAAGACCUACCGAGGAGUCAACUAACCAGAGCUUACUCCAGUCACCAAGACGGUCCAGUAGAAUUAUUAGACCUCCGAGAAGACUUGAUCUAUGA